ACUGUUGCAGCCAUCUUGGGGAGGGGAAGGCUGAGAAGGAGGAAAGUGCGACCGGUUGGGACCCUGGCUAGGGAAGCGGACACGUCAGUGCCUCCAGCGACGUCACCAUGCCCGACCCAGCCCGCCGACGCACGAUUGGGUGCUGAGGCCGCUUACGCGUCGCGCUUCCUCGUCUGCUCCGCAUGUUCAGGGCGGCUUGCUCUCUUUUCCCCUCGGCAGAGAAGAGGCGAUGGCGGCGAUGGCAUCUUUCGGCGCCCUGGCGCUACUCCUGCUGUCUGGCCUAUCUUGCUGCUCAGCAGAGGCCUGCCUGGAACCCCAGAUCACCCCUUCUUACUAUACAACUUCAGAUGCCGUCAUUUCUACAGAGACUGUAUUCAUCGUGGAGAUCUCACUGACCUGCAAGAACAGGGUCCAGAACAUGGCUCUUUAUGCUGACGUUAGUGGAAAACAAUUUCCUGUAACUCGCGGCCAGGAUGUGGGUCGAUAUCAGGUGUCCUGGAGCCUGGAGCACAGGAGCGCCCAUGCAGGCACCUAUGAGGUCAGAUUCUUCGAUGAAGAGUCCUACAGCCUCCUAAGGAAGCACUUCCCUUACAGGCUCAAAGAAAUAAUGAGGACAUUUCCAUCAUCCCACCCCUGUUCACAGUCAGUGUGGACCAUCGGGGUACCUGGAAUGGGCCUUGGGUCUCCACGGAGGUGUUGGCUGCAGCAAUUGGCAUAGUGAUCUACUACCUAGCUUUCAGUGCAAAGAGCCACAUCCAGGCCUGAGGGCAGCAAUCUCAGCCCUCCAUUGCUUCUUUCAAUAAACAGUCACUGACAUGAGUAUAUUCAAGACACGGGGCUCCUGUGUCUAUGGGGAGAGCUGGGAAUCCAGCUGCCCCUGUCUGCCUGGAGAGCAGAUAGUAAUACUGAGCAGAGCUAUAUUUUCCCCAA